CGAAACCGUCGGAAUAGUAUUUGAAGGUUUUUUUUUUUUUUAAUUACUGUGGUGGGCCCGGUGCCGGGAAAUUUCAAUUGGCUGAAGUGGUUGUCCAUCACGUGCAUCGUGCACGUGCGAGCCCCUGUAAAUGCGAACCCGCCAAGCGCUUCCUCAGUCCUCAGAUUCAAAUCUCCUUCCCCUUCCUCAAACCCUCGCCAUGGAUCACCUCUCCGAGGACGAGGAAGUACGUAAUAUCCUUCGCUCUCCUCAUCCUAGUGCGAACCCUAAUGGCCGUUUCUUGCCCUAGAAGAUGAUCGGGGGUGUUUACAUGCAUCGCUUUGCCCUAAAAUUGGUGUUGUAGGAGUACGACGAGCGCGCGUUUCCUCCCGCCGUGGUGGCGCCGCUCGUCGUCGACACGCCGCGUCGGGAUAUCGAAGGCGCCGCCCCCUCCGACGAAUCCGGUGUUAAUUCCCUUUAGAUUCCGCCUAUUAUUUUGGUCUGUUUGAUGCGAUCUUCUUGUUUAGGUUUGAUUUAACCGAAGAGAUCGAAGAUUUAUUCGGGAUAUUCUAAGCAGUUCUUCGAUCUCUAUAUGUAGAUCAGUGAUUAGGGAGAUCGCUCAGUCUUAAUUAGUGUUUAGUUUUUCUUCAUAUAUAUAUAUUUUUUGGUGGUGUAUGAGGCUAUAAUUUCAGGGGGAAAAGUUCACAACAACGUAUUGUUUAUGAUGCUUAGUGGGAGAACAAUGCGAAAUACGAAAGCGAAUCAGGGAAUUAAUGCAAUCAAGGAUUUUCUUGCUGCGUAUUCUGUUUCUUUUUGUUUAAAAAGAAUAGUCGGAUGAGAGAAGGAAAAAUGAUCUGGGGCGUAUUUCUUGUGAAGUUUUGCCAACAUUUCUAGUACCCGACAGAUCCAUUCGGACAAUAUUUAGAGUUUAGGUUAAUAAGCGGAUUUACACCGUGUUUUCCUCGGCUAAGAUUAACCUCAUGCUUUGGUUCUGUUAACUACUAGUAGAAAUCAUUUUGUGUCCGCCUACCGAAAAGAACAGAACAUCCCCGGAUUUUCUCGGCCAAAACUUUGCAGCUGUCACCGGUAUUAAUUUGAUGGAAGAAGAAAAGCUGCUGUUGUCUGGCCCCCAGGAAGGGGCACAGGCCUCAGAAGCAACUAGAAACGUUCUACAAGAAGGAGAAGAAGAGUUGUUUCUGAACAAGGGUCCUCUUCGGCAAAAACUAGCAGACAUCAGUUACUACUUUUUUCGCUAAGCUGCUCGUACCGCUUUCCAUUUUCUGUCGAAAUUUUGCCUGCGUCGCCUUGGAAAUCUUGAAGCGCCACUUGACUCGUGGCUAAUGCAUAUGACGGUGUCAAAAUACGGUUUAACGAAUAUAAGCAGUGAGGCGGAGCGCUGCCUGUCAUUGUCUGUGGAGGAGUAUUUACUGAGACUUAUAACUCGUGCAAGGAAAAUGUCAAAACAGAGGGUUGUUAUCGAAAAAACGAAGCAUCAGAUAGUUAUCACACGAGACAUUCGGAAAGAGAUUGCGUCAAUAAACCAGAAAGCUGAGGAGUGGGAUAGAAGACAGGCUGAAGUAGCUGAAGAGCUUCUGCCACAAAGAAAGGAAAAACAUGACGAAGUCACAGCUGCGAACGUUGCUGUGCGAGCUGCUGUUGGAGGAAAUGAUCUGGCAUCAAGGUGGCAACUCAUGUAUAAAGAAGCUCAACAGAAACGUGAAGGGCUGGGUAAGGACUCUAUGUCUCAAGCAGGCGGUAGCGUACCAAGAAACAUGCACACACACAACUUUCGCAUGCAGGAAGAGCACCCCAACUUAGAAGAGACACGCCGCAUCUCUCUCGAGGACCUUAUCGCAGCCCUUGAAACUGAUCCUCAGAUGUCGAAGUCUCCGUGGAUCCAUCGCCUGUAUGAGAGAUUGUGGCAAAGCUCAGAGAAACAAUAGCUUGAAGAAGCACAUUCUGUCAAACCAACUAUCCAACCUUCAAAGAGAUUCAAGGCUUAUUUCUUAGUGCUGACACCAUAUGCGAGCGCGCAUUCUUGUUGAUAUUACUAUGUUUCUUUGUACGUAAUAUUCAACGUGUUCUUACUUUCGGUAUAACCAUGAAUUCUUUCCCACAGUAAUGGCUCUGCGGUCUGCAAUGGUCAAAGGAGAAUUAAAUUCUUUGAGAACGGAAGUUGCAAUUAUUCUUGGACGAAACGCGAGGGUCCAUCAGAUGAAUGCUGCAUUACUUUGUUUGCAUUGCUUCUUGAAGAACCGAGCAGUUGAUGUUUCAGGUAUUUGUUCCCUUUGCAUUUUCAUUCUUAUGGUGCGAAUUACUGGAGACUUGCCCUUUCUGUUUAUGUUCGUAUACAUCUUUGGGUUAACGUCAUAUUGUUUGAUCGCCUAUUGUUCAAGUUACUUGAGAGUGUUACUCUACAUGGAUUUUUGUCAUAAUUGAUGUACUACAGCUGCUCCGAGAAAUAGGUGCAGCAGCGUCAUCAAAUCGCUCAAAGCAUACGCUUCGCUCUAGCUGGGUUCGAAGUUUCUGUCUCUGCUGCAGCAUUAUGCUAUUAAUAAGAUUUUAAUUUAAAAAUCAAAAACUACUAGCUUCAUCGAUCUACUUAAACAAGUUUUAUAUAAGCUCCACCAAACACCAACACCAAACAGACCCCCCCCGUAAUACAUGCACAUUCUCUCAGCAUCUGACUGAGUUAGCAUUUGUGUAACUUGAUUCCUUCUGUUAAAAAUGGAGACAUACCUCAACAAGAUUAUCACAACUAAAU